CUGCGUUGGAACAGUUAGAUAUUCAUUCAACUUCUGAAGCUUUUGAGGAUUAUUUAGAAAGGUUUUAAAUUUGGAGCAUGACCAAGAAGGAUGUUAAAGGUGAUAAGAUUGUGGCACAUUUCCUGACAUUCAUCGGAAAAGAAGCAUACAGCUUAUUGAAAACUUUGGCAUAUCCAGAAAAACCUAUCUCACUUACUUAUGCAACAAUUAAGGAGUUAUUAUUGAAUCAUGUAAAGUGCACUAGUUUUGAAUGCCGUGAAAGUGCAAAAUUUCAUAAGAUGACUUGUCGAAAUGACCAAAAGGUUAAGAAAUUCAUCCUUGAAUUGCAGAAACAAGCUGCCAAAUGUAAUUUUGGUGAUCAACUUCAUGUGCAACUGAGAGACCGAUUAAUCGCAGGAAUCAACAUAUCGGGUUUUGAAAGAGAGCUGUUAAGAAUGCCCAACUGUUCCUUUCAAGAUGCUAGAACUGCGUGUAUUAACUACGAUGCAGUGAAUGAACUUGAUAUCCAGUCAAUGAAUAUUUCUAAUACUUUGCUUAGUCGUCAUGAUGGAAUACAAUUUCAGGGUCAAUCAAAAUUGCGUUCGUUUAACAGUGGCUCCUAUUCCCGUGUAAAUAUGAAAGGUGUUUCAACAAGGAAUUACAAAGGAAAUCACAAAGAAGGUGUUACUGGUUAAAGCGUUGUCAAACUCCGAAUACCUGUGGCAUCUUCAUUGGUACACCAUAUUGUAAACUGUGAGUCUGUUUCUUUUUGUGAUUUUACAUAUCAUUGUCUUAUUUUAAUCUUUUUUUAACAUUGUGAUAUUUUUUCCCGUGUUUUUGGGUUUAUAUAUAUAUUUCCCACUCGUUCACUUUUCGUACUUGAUAUAUUACUAUGACUGAACAGACCCCUAAAGUAUUUAAGUUAAAGACUGUGUUCCCACUUUCUUUCCAACUUAUGCCUUUCUGGCCAGACAACAUCGAAGGCUGGUUUUGUUACGCAGAAGCCGACUUCUUCGAGCACGGUGUGAACGAUGCGCGUACACAAUUCCUCGCAGUAGUCAAGGCACUACCGCGCGAAUUUAACAGGUACGUAACACCUAGUAUGUUUACUAGUGAUGUUUCUGACCCAUACCAAACCCUGAAACAUGUCAUCCUCAAACGCGGAGAUCUAACCGAUCGAUAAAGGUUAGACCAACUCCUCAACAACAUCGGCCUGCAACACGGUUCUGCCACAGACAUGUUGCAAAGAAUGCGAGAAGUCAUUGGCCAAAGAACCUUCGAUGACGACCUAUUCAAACAACUUUUCUUAUCCAAACUUCCUGAACAGGUGCAAGCUGUUUUGGUCUCGUUCCAAAACAACGCCGUAGACGAGCUAGCUGCAACUGCCGACCGCAUUCUCGAAAUCACUAGAUCUUCUAAAGCCGAGGUUUUUUCAGUAAAAGAAAAGCCUCAAACGACCCAGAAUGACAUAACACAGUUAUGUCAUACACUUACGCGUUAUCUCAAACUCUGUAACGACCGUAAACGAUCACGUACUCCGUGGAGAAGCACAUCACGUAGGCGA